CCGUUGCGACUUGCGAGCGAGCAUCGAUGAUCACUUAGCUAGGCCAAUGAAGCUAGCUAACAAAGGCUAGGCACGCGCGCCCAACGAUAUAUAGGAUUACAGUGUACCCGGCCGGGCCAAAAGCCAAGCGAAUCCACGAACCAGCAGCUAGCCAACCAUCGAGGAAGGCACGGCCGGCGACGAGAGCGAGCGAGAGAAGAUGGGGAAGCGUAGGAGGAACGACGGGUUGGUGAGGCAGUACACCAGGUCCGAGGUGCCCAGGAUGAAGUGGACGGACGAGCUCCACAGCAGCUUCGUGCGAGCCGUCGACUUCCUAGGCGGCCAAGACAGCACCAGAACAACUCCUAAGCGCAUUCUUCAGCUCAUGGAUGUCAGAGGCCUCACCAUAUCCCAUGUCAAGAGCCACCUUCAGAUGUACAGAUGCACACCGCGUGGCAUUGGAGAGAAAGAGACGCAGUUACAACUUCAUCCAAAGAAUCACUCAUUUGCCGUUGAUGAGCGAGGCUCCAAAGGAUUCAUAUUCCCGCCCAUAAAAAGGGCCAAGGUAGGGACAGAAAUUGCAGCAGCAAGGAACAUGCAAGGUAGCAGUGAUAUGAGGAGGAGGAUUCCUGGCAACCAGUGCUGCAUUGAUGAUUACGUGCAACUGCAAGCAAUGUCCAUGGACCGGAGGAACGUAAACGGGGGCCUCGAAUGGCAGAGUGCCGCUACUGCUGCUUCUGUUGUAAAUCUCCAGCAUUUAGGGUCUUGGGUGCAAGAGCCUGAGCCCUCUAAGGUUAGCAUACCAGAACCACGCGAUCAUCUGAACCAUACGGCGAGGCGGAUAUCUUCCACGGAGAGCUAUGAGAGCUGGUGCUUGCUGUUCAGCGGUGCAACGACCGGAGAAGACGAGCCGGAUGACUCGGCGGCCAACAAGUGCUCGCCGCGGUUGUCGCUCGCCGUCGAGCAGAAAGCUGAAGACGUUGUCUCCUCCUGGCCCAGCGAGAGCAGCUGCGUGCUCUCGCCGUCGUCGAGGAGCUUUAGCGACUGCUCGGGGCCUCCGGGCUGCGGCUUUGCCGGACAGCAUGUUAACCUGGAUCUUUCCCUGUCGAUAUGCGGAUCGUAGUUUAGAAACAUUUUCCAGCAUGUGAUCGACAUGGUGCACUUCAUGUUUGUUUCAGCUGAUCUGGUCCAAGUUUUUGUAG